UCUUCACAUCACUUCACAUUACAUCCAUCAAAAAUGGAGUCCUCUAAGAGGCUUACCGCUCUUUUCUUCAUUUCACUGUUCAUGGUUUCUUCAGCAAAUCCAGUUCUUGACUGUGGAAGUUGUGACAAGCCAAAACCACCCACCGAAAAACCACCGGUUGUCAAACCACCGGUAAAGCCACCAGUUACCCUACCACCCGUAAAGCCACCAGUUACCCUACCACCUGUAGUAAAACCACCCGUCACCCUUCCACCAGUGGUAAAACCACCGGUGACACUCCCACCGAUAAAACCACCAGUAACCCUUCCACCGGUUAAACCACCAGUGACCCUCCCACCGAUAAAACCGCCAGUGACCCUCCCACCAAUUAAACCACCAGUGACCCUCCCACCGAUAAAACCGCCAGUGACCCUCCCACCGGUAAAACCACCUGUGACCCUCCCACCAAUUAAACCACCCGUUACUCUCCCACCGGUGACCCUCCCACCAAUUAAACCACCGGUAACCCUCCCACCGGUAAAACCACCAGUGACCCUCCCACCAAUUAAACCACCGGUAACCCUCCCACCUGUAAAACCACCGGUGACCCUCCCACCGAUUAAACCACCAGUGACGCUUCCACCCCUCCCACUCCCACCCCUAAAACCACCAGUAACGCUCCCACCCCUCCCACUCCCACCCCUAAAACCACCAGUGACCCUCCCACCAAUUAAACCGCCAGUGACACUCCCACCCCUCCCACUCCCACCCCUCCCGCCGGUCGUCCCACCCAUCGUCACACCACCGGUUGUCACUCCACCGGUUGUCACACCACCAGAGGGGGAACCCUGUCCACCACCAAAGGGUGCAUCACCACCAGUUGCAUCACCGCCGGGUGCAUCGGAAACAUGCCCCAUUGACAUCCUAAAGUUGGGAGCUUGUGUAGACCUUUUAGGAGGUUUAGUGAACAUUGGAUUGGGUGACCCCGCGGUCAACAAAUGUUGCCCGAUUAUAGCAGGGCUAGCAGAGCUAGAGGCUGCAGUUUGCUUGUGCACAACCUUGAAGGUUAAACUGUUGAACCUCAAUAUUUACCUACCAAUUGCUCUACAGCUGCUUGUUACUUGUGGCAAGACCCCUCCUCCGGGUUACACUUGCUCUCUCUAAAUUAUGAUGGUCUCUACUAAGGGCUAAGUUGAUGGACCGAUCGAUGAAGCAAAUGUCAGUUCAGAAAAUGCUUUUGAAGUUGGAAUUGUUUAUGGAAGUUUCCCUUUUAAUAUGUUGACGAGCAAUUUUUUAAAAGAUGAUUAUUGUUUCGUGGCGUGUUUAGUUUUUCUAUUAAUUAUGUAAGGAAUAGUAUCAAUCAAUGAAUCAAGGAUGUUUUCCUAUUAA